UAUAUAUAUAUAAGCAUGUAACCACUGUCUGCCCCUGUAAAACCCUAAAGGCUAAAACCCUUCACGCAAUCUACUGCUCUACUCUCUUCUCCCCCGCGAAGGUUUAAAAUGGCAAAAAACCCAAAGGUUUUCUUUGACAUAGCAGUGAAAAAAUGCAAGGCAGGAAGAAUAGUAAUGGAGCUAUUUUCAGACGUGACCCCCAAAACCGCAGAAAACUUUCGCGCUCUGUGCACAGGAGAGAAAGGAAUCGGAAAAUCUGGGAAACCCUUACAUUACAAGGGCUCUCAAUUCCACCGCAUUAUUCCGGGCUUCAUGUGCCAAGGCGGGGAUUUCACAAAAGGCAAUGGAACAGGUGGAGAGUCGAUAUAUGGUGCGAAGUUUGAUGAUGAGAACUUCAAGCUGAAGCACACUGAACCCGGUCUUCUAUCGAUGGCGAAUGCUGGGGCAAACACGAAUGGGUCCCAGUUCUUUAUCACCACCGAUAGGACAACUUGGCUUGAUGGGAAGCAUGUUGUGUUUGGGAAGGUGGUUGAUGGGUAUAGCACUGUUGUUAAAGCCAUGGAGCGCGUUGGUUCGCCUCAAGGGAACCCUUCUGCAGAGGUUGUGAUAGAAGAUUGUGGAGAGAUUACUGAGAACUAGCAGCUGCCAGUCAGUUGUCAAAACCGUUGUGAAUAAAUUGGACGAGUCCAGCUCCUCUCCAUCUCCUACCACCCAUUCCCAGUUCAUUUCUUUUUCCUUCGUAUCUUUCCCUACCUUUUUCCCUGUAUCUUAGUCAUCCAUAUACCCCCCACCCUAAUUGCUCCCCUCUUUAUCUCUCUCCAACCGGAACUCCCCAGUUACCCGAGAAGAUCUAAAUUCAAAUCGGACGUGCACUGUUUAGUUCCAUCCUUCAACGGAUGUUCUAUAUAUGGUUUAGCUCAUUUCAAGGAUGCUAGUUAUAUUAGGUGCAUUCACUCUAUGGAUUGUUGUGGACUUGUCGGUGAAUUGAGUUUUGGGCAAUGAAAGAACCAGGCAGAAAGCUUUUGAUUAUCAAUGAGUUGUAUGGGUGUUAUUUUAGUUUGCCAAUUAAAUUCAUUGUGUGGUAAUAAAAGACUGAGUAAGCAUUUUUGUUACUAAGGAAUAGAUUGUCUUUGGUGC